AAGCCGCCUGAGAUGGCGCCCAUUUCCUGCUUCCGGGUUCUUCCCGGCCUGAACAAGCCCGCCAAAUUGUCAUAUCUGCCCAGUUACCCGUGACGCUAGCCUAUCAGCUUGUUAGGCGCGCUUCUCUGUGAUUGGAUACUGCUUCCCCUUAUAAGAGGUUGUUCCUGCCCCCAACGGCGGAAGAGGAAUCAACGUUGAGGGUGGCGGACCUUGUUAGGUCCGGUUCGCUGUACGUAAUAAAGUUUGAGAGCUGAUCCUGCUCGAGUUUGGCCUCCUGUCUCCCGAGGCUCCGGUCAUCUGGUGGCCCGUACGGGGAAAAAGGUAAAAGACUCAGCGACGUGCCUCUUCGGCCGGGAGGUGCGAUUGCUGUCGCCUGCGGUACGACGGAGGACCUGGCUCAAUAACAACAGAAGGCCGCGAGCGCCUCUUCUCUUCACCCUGAUCAGCUACGUGAGAUACAGCGGUUCCCGGGACAGGUGAGUACUGGGUCACCUGGGUUGGGUGGACGCACCUAACAGAUUUUGAGCGCCACACGAGUGGACGCCGGUUUUUUUUUUUCUUUUCUUUUCCCUUUGCAUCUGUUUUGCUUUCGCUUCGCUAAUACAGCCCGACAGGCUUUUGAGCUCGAUCGGAAUGCUCAGAGGAGCCCGGAGCCACUGCCGAUUGUGGGUCUCCGGAGGACCCUCAGGGCUCUAAUUCUGAUUCGGAUUCGGAAGGCUCAGAAGAGGAGGUCGUCUUUGCUAAGCAUGACCCUCCUACACCGUUAAAAGAGGAACUUAGGGCUCGGGAAGAUAAAAAGGGGAACCAAACACCACCCUGCCCGAGCUACUCCGCCUUACGGGAAGAGCUUAAGCCCUUCCGCCCUUUGGCAAGUUCGCGACCCAGGGUCGCUCCCUUCAGGGCGCCAGGCCCCACUGCACCGCCGUGGCCGGAAGAGGAGUUGCUCCCUGGGCUGCCACCACAACCUAUGGCACCGCCCUGGUUAGAGGGAGAGCUACUUCCUGGGUUGCCUUCUGCGCCCCCAUCUGGGGAGGGAGGAGGACGUUCCUUCCACCAGAGGGUAUGGUCGCGGCUUCCUUUUGAGUGUUCCGGUCUCCAUGCAUUCCCGGUACAAGUAGGAGGCAGGGGAGGAGGAGGAUAUUAUGAGCCCUUAGAAAUUAAACAACUUAAAACUAUCAAGGACGCAGUUUCAGCUUAUGGGCCCAAUGUGCCAUUUACCAUGGCGCUUUUAGAGGCAUUGGCAGGUCUGCUUUUAACUCCUGGAGAUUGGACCCAGCUGGCACGCGCCUGCCUCUCCCCCGGACAAUAUUUAGAUUGGAAGUCCUGGAAUGAGGAAUUCUGUGUAGAGCAGGCGGCAGCCAACAGGGAAAAUAACCAGAGAGAGUGGAACAGGGAUAUGCUAUUAGGGCGAGGAGCCUUUGAGGAAGAUCAAACUCAAUACCCUCGCCAGGUUUAUGAACAAAUUAGCCGCUGUGGCCUCCAGGCCUGGAGACGGCUGGCUGGAAAGGGAGAACAUACGGGUCACCUUACAAAAAUUAUACAAGGGCAGGGAGAGCCAUUUUCAGACUUUGUGGCCCGCAUGCUUGAGGCCGCUAACAGGAUUUUUCCAGAUGCUGAGGCGGCUCACCCUCUCAUAAAACAAUUGAUUUUUGAACAGUGCACUAAGGAGUGCCGUGAUGUCCUAAGAACUAACAAAAAUAGGUCCUUAGAAGAGUGGACACGCCUGUGCCGUGAAUUGGGUGGCCACGGCCUAACGCCCAAAGGAAGAAUAUCAUUGGCACUCUUUACCAUAAAUUUUUUAAACCUUAAUCACAAUAAUCAUUCCCCUGCCAUGGAGCACAAUAACCCGUCCCCGGCCGACAAAGGGCUGGUGAGAUGGAAAGAUGUCCUUACAGGACAAUGGAUGGGCCCGGAUCCAGUGAUUAGCUGGACCCGAGGUGCGGUUUGUGUCUUCCCACAGGAACCAGGCUGCGAACCGCUGUGGGUCCCGGAAAGAUUGACGCGAGCAGUAAACUCCCCACCAGUUCCUGAUAAAGCACAGGAGGAUAAGCCCGCGGACACAAGUCAACUCGAUCCUUCUGGGACCGACGCUCAGCGCCCGAGACCAUCUACAAACUAAAAUGUCUGGUUUGGAGCUUUUUCUAUUCUGUGGGUUCCUAUUAAUCACCCCUGUUCGCACAAAUUUGACCAACACUGUUAAAAAUAGCCAGUUUGUGGGAACGCGUCACCUCCUGGUUCUCCUGGCCCAACCUGACUACUUGGAUCCUGAUUGCCGUGGCCAUCCUAGUGGGGCUUGUGGUUAUUAAAUGCUUGUUAGAUCGCCUCAUACAAACUCAGCAGCAGGUUAAGAUCACAGCUAUGGCAGCCAUGCAAAUGGCAGCAGGUGGCCCAUCAGGCCAGCAGGCCGCCGCAUAUCUCCUUCACAUUGCAGAACAUCAGCUAUAAGAGCUGAGUGGGCAAGCCAAUGACGGGCUCCACUCAGAUAUAUAUGGCCUAUAAGGCCAGGGGUCCCUCCCGGAGUCAAAUUAUUGGCAUUGAGAUGCGAGACCAAGGGUACUGCAGUGCCAUCCGCCCCAAAGGUUGGGGGGAAGGCAGGAAUGAAUGUCUAUAUGCAUCCAGGUUCGGUUCACAAAAGCCUGGCCCUGCGAAAAAAUGAACCACUCACCUUGAGCAUGGUCCUGGCGCAAGGAUAUGCACAAAACAGGGUGAUGCACAGCAGGGUAUAGACCUCUACAUUCUCUCAUGCCUCGGCCUAUAAGGUAGGCCCACUCCUAGGUGUCUAACAGCAACAAGGUCAUAGACACCUUGGAGGGACCCACAGACCAUCCUAUUUUAAUAAAUAAAAAAGGGGGAGAUGUGGGAAGCCGCCUGAGAUGGCGCCCAUUUCCUGCUUCCGGGUUCUUCCCGGCCUGAACAAGCCCGCCAAAUUGUCAUAUCUGCCCAGUUACCCGUGACGCUAGCCUAUCAGCUUGUUAGGCGCGCUUCUCUGUGAUUGGAUACUGCUUCCCCUUAUAAGAGGUUGUUCCUGCCCCCAACGGCGGAAGAGGAAUCAACGUUGAGGGUGGCGGACCUUGUUAGGUCCGGUUCGCUGUACGUAAUAAAGUUUGAGAGCUGA